AUCCCAACUCAAUUUCCCAAAGUAACCUUCUCUGGUUUUCCUCCUUUAUCCACUUUUCCUCGUCGCUCCAAACGUCAUAGCUCGAAUCCGCCCAAAGUCAUCUCUCUCUCUACGUUUGUUACCGAGUCGGCGAGUCAUCCCUUGUGUGGUUUCAGUUUCUCGGGAAAACAAGUUGCUUUUCCUUUCUCGCCCGCGGCUGUUUCUUCCUAAGGGAAAGUUUGAAAACCCUAGCCUCUCUCUUUCAUGUUUUGAGUCUGCGAUCCUUCGAUCUCUUCAGAUCUCCAGUAUGGAACGGAUCGUCGGCGGCAAGUACAAGCUCGGCCGUAAGAUCGGCAGUGGAUCGUUCGGGGAAAUUUAUCUCGCUAUGAACGUUGAAACGUAUGAGAAGGUUGCUGUGAAGAUUGAAAACAGUAAGACAAAACAUCCACAACUGGUUUAUGAGGCCAAGCUUUAUAAUAUUCUUCAGGGAGGAAGUGGUGUUCCUGGCAUAAAGUGGUCUGGCACAGAUGGAGAUGACAAUGUCCUUGUUCUUGAUUAUCUGGGACCAAGUCUUGAAGAUCUGUUUGUCUUUUGCGGGAGAAAGUUUUCAUUGAAGACUGUAUUAAUGUUGGCUGAUCAAAUGAUUACAAGAAUAGAAUAUGUGCACUCUAAAGGAUUUUUGCAUAGGGACAUUAAGCCUGAUAAUUUUCUCAUGGGUCUGGAUCGAAAAGCUAAUCAGGUUUACAUUAUUGAUUUUGGGCUUGCCAAAAGAUAUCGGGAUUCUACGACCAAUCGACACAUUCCUUACAGAGAGAACAAAAAUUUAACAGGAACUGCACGAUAUGCAAGUUGCAAUACUCACCUUGGAAUUGAGCAAAGUCGGCGGGAUGAUCUGGAGUCACUUGGAUAUGUACUUUUAUAUUUUUUGAGGGGAAGCCUUCCGUGGCAGGGCUUAAAAGCUGAAACAAAGAAGCAAAAGUAUGACAAAAUAUGCGACAAGAAGUUAAAAACUCCUAUUGAGGUUUUAUGCAAAUCUCAUCCCGUGGAGUUUGCAUCAUACUUCCAUUACUGCCACUCAUUGACAUUUGAUCAGCGACCUGAUUAUGGAUUCUUGAAGCGUCUCUUCCGUGACUUAUUUAGUCGUGAAGGCCAAGAAGGUGAUAGAGAAAUCUCAAACCAACUAAGUUUAACCAGGUUUGGAGGAUUGGAGGAAGGAUUUACUUGGUCAAGGCCUCAAGAUGUGCAUUUGAUUACGUAUUUGAUUGGACGAUCCGAAAAUAUGAGCAAUCACAACGCAGCAGAACUCAGCUUCGACUAUCUCCAAUUCUGGGAGGGAGUAGCAAUAGAGCAAUGCCAAUGGAUGUGGAAAAGCAUCAAGGCGGCAAUGAUGCUUCUUAUUCAGCUGAGGUUACAGAGCACAUUAGAUCAAGUAAUGCUGCUGCUCCUGGCGUCCGCAUGCAAUUUAAAUCAGCAGGCAGAAAGUUGGGCCUUGACAAACUUGUUGAUAAGAAUGUUUUUAGUGAUGCUCACAUGCCAUCUACUUCAUUUUCUCCUGCUGGCGUCUCGAAAAGAAAUGCUUCAAAGCCUGUGUUGCCCACUGAGAAUACAGACUCUGGGCAUGCACAUGGUAGCAAAAUUGGUCCUUCAAGCAGCUGGAUUUCAUCACUGCAUCGCAUUUCUUCUGCCAAGUGAAUAUAAUAUUGCUAUUAGAUCUGGUUGAGAAGAUUCCAGCAGUUCAUCUAUGGAUGAUGCAAUUGUGCAAUGAACUUGAAUUUCAUCAUCUCUUCCAUGGGCACUGGAUUGCAGGAAACAUUUCUCGCAAGGUGACUACAAACACAUUGGUUGAUCCUAAAACAGACUACUCAAAGCCUGGUUCCUGUGCCGUACAUAGAUGUCAUAAAUCAUGUACUUAUGAUUUUAUGUAACAUGAGCAAUAUGUAAAGUGUUUUCCCCAUUCUUUUUUUAGUAGAUUAUAUAGCUUUCUUUGUGCCAUAUGGUUCUUAGAAAGAGUGUUUAUUUCAAUUAAUUCAUGGUUUCGUCUUGCUUGUGUAAUCAAAUAUCUUUUUGGAUAAGAGCCUUGGAUCGGUAUAAUAUCCAAACGCAUGUCAUGCUAUUCACAAUAUUGCUAAUACAGCAGUUUAACCUAAGAGCUUUUUCCCCUUUUAAUCCUUUUUGUGUAUUCAUAGACUGGUUUGUGACUGUUCAGAUGCAGAAACACAAUUUGGCAUGAAGUGAUCGGGUCAAAUGGACACAAGCUUUUCAGAAAUUCAAUUAUGCAUCUAGCUGCUGUUGAUUCUGAAAGUUAUUACUUGUCAAAAAAGCUGUCUGGAUUUGGCCUGGUUUUCUUGGUGCAUCAUUGAGGGCUGUACAAAUUGAAAUUGUAUACCCUAGCUGUUUUUUUUAUCCGCAUUAUUAAGGACAUUGCAUUCCUAAUGAAAAUGUAUAAUGGAGAUCAUUGAUAAGUUGAGCAUUUUCUUUUCCUGGUUUUUCUUCAUUGCCAAAGUUGUCUUUCCUAUUUUUUUGAGGGCUCCCUCUUCUGGGCCCAUUCUUUUGCCCAUAUCAUCUGUUUGCUUGAAAAUCCCUGAUUUGGAGUCCCAAGAAUUUCCAGAAUCUUCUGCUUUUUAAUGCUUCAUACGGUUCCUCUUUUUCUAACGAGGAUUCCAAAGUUUCUUCUACCCAAAUGAUUUUAUGGUGUCUUUUUAAAUCCUCUAAUUUGCAUGGGUACCACAAGGAUUUAGAUAGUUUGCUUCAUGACAAGUCAUGUUGAAUGGCUCUGUUCUUGAAGGAUGAUUAGACCUGCGCAUUGUUACAUUAUUCCAUUUGAAGAAUGUGCAUGAUUUACUAUGCAUGUUAGGAUUAAUUAUGAACUGGCUGCUCAGUUAUGGGUUCAUACUUUGUUGGUUUUCUUUUUCCCCCUCUACUACACAGUAUGAGUUCACACUUUGUAAUUUGCAGGUUUUCUUUUUGUCCCUACGACACUGUCAGAAUUGUGGAAUAAGGCAGGGGAAUACUGUGUAAAGAUGGUAUUUAAAGACACCAUUAAACAUAUGCCUCUGCCAGCUGCUACUACUACUGGUCAUUGGAGAGGCUACCUUACUACUGACUCUGGAUUAAGGUCAAUUUUAUGGCAUUAACACUGUUGGGAGUUUCCGCAGGUGGCUGACAGCGUGCGACAUAACAGUUAAGUUUAACCUUCGAUUCUGCCCGAAAUUAUAAAAUUUUAUGCUGACCAGGAAGACGGGGCCUGUUCUAUUAUGCAGGCAUGCUUGUAAUACAUGAAAAAAUAAACUGGUGGUUGUGAAUGCUGGAAGAACCAGGACUGAUUGUUGCUUCAUCAGCUUAAUUGGGUUUUUAUUUGACUUGGGUUGCAACAAAGUUGCAACAGGAGAGGGGAUGCCGGCCGUUUGGGCAAAUUAUCCCUGUUAAGGCUGGAUUUGGAGUAUAAAAGAGUGAUUGCUUGGGGUGUCAUAAUUUUGGCAAGGUGUUAUACAGUGGAAGAUGGGGAGGAAGUUAAUAGCCUAUCCUCCUGUUAUUUCAUUGCAAUGCUAUUGCUGUUAGGAGAGGCAUCUGAACUGGGAUUUGGUUGCUGGGUAUAUUGAGGUGUUGGCACUUGAGAGAGUUCUACAUGUUUGUUUGUGUUUUUUUCUCUUUUUUGCUUUGACAGUAAUAAAACUGGAGUUAAGUCGGCCCCUUUUAAUUGUUGUCAGGACUGGAAUUUUCCGUUGUGCUGGUUUUCUCAUGACUAGAAACUGCAGCAGGGAUGCAAGUAAAUGGUUUUACAGGGUUUUUUGGUGAGCGGGGUUCUCUGGGUACACAUCUUGCCGGAACUAAUAUGAUCCAUCUGAAAGAGUAGACAGGAUUGAAAAAUGCGGUAAUUCUGGUGGGGUUGGGAAAUCAAAUUUAGGACGAGGAUGUAUAGCAGCUACAGGGGGAAGUGUGGCUUUCGUAGAAAGGUGCGUGGGUCAUUUCAGUGUUAUGGUAAUAGAAUGUCUCUACUGCUCACUCCAACCUUUCAUGUCUACGGUGGCCUCUCACGAGGCUUGGUAAAAAUACGUGUUAAAGAUUUUAUAAACCUCCCUUGAGGUUUUUGUCAAUAAGAAAUGGAUCUCAUGGUUUUGACAA